UAGAACUUCCUCAAGCCCUAGAGCCACUCCUCCAUCUCCUUCAGAAGAAUGAUCUCUGUCAUGUAACUGCACCAGCUCUCUUGCCCAGUAUCCAGAUAAUGUUUUUUCUCACAAUUCUGCUGUUUUCCUACCCUCCAAUGUCUCAGCAGAUACAGAAAACUACUGCAAAUGGCAAAGAGAUGGUGUCCAAUCCCAAGCUGGUACUGGUUCAGGGGACUUUGAACAUGGUGACAAAGCAGAAUGUGACCCUCUCCUGCUUCUCUGAGCCUGGAUCUCCCCCUGUCAGAUACACACUGUUCAAGCACAACCAGCAGGUAUCUGCUUUAAACAGGUCAGACUUGAGCCCCGCACUGUUCACCCUGACCAUCAGCUCUGCCAGUGAUCUGGGGGAAUACAAGUGCAAAGCUGAGUAUAACAACUCCAGUGGUGGAAAAUACAGCAACAGCCUCAACUUCACCCUCAUAGAGCCUAUCUCCAAACCAGUGCUGAGCUCACCCACCUCUCAGGCAAAGCAAGGCCAGAAUGUGACCCUGUCCUGCUUCUCGGAGAGCGGAUCCCUUCCCAUCACCUAUCUAUUCUUCAAAGGAACACAAAACAUUUCUCCCCAAAAGACAAUGCAGAAGAGGGAAGCAGCUGUGAUUUCUCUAUUUAUCAAUUCCCUUAGUGACUUUGGAACCUAUAAAUGCAAAGCUAAUAACAGUUUUCCCAAUAUUACAAAAUACAGCAACGGUUUCAACUUUACAUUAGCAGAAGAGAGAAGCCAUUCUCAGCCCCUGAUAAUUUCUCUUGGGCUGAUCCUGCUACUACUUAUAAUAGGAUUUGCUCUGGCAAUUCCAUUUUUCCUAAUUCCUUUGUAUAAAGCAAAAAAAUUUAAGUCUACCAGGCCCUCAAUUGGCCUUACUUCAACAGUGAACGCAGAGGAGUCUGAAAAUGAAGUCAUAUACUCAGAGAUUGAGCCUGUUAGACCAGAAGAAGAAUACAUCAACUUCUCCAUUAUUAGAAGAGAAGAGGAAAAAGGUGAAAACCUCAUAUCUGAUGCACAUAAAUAUGUUUUGAGGGGACUUUGCUGGGUGGAGGCAGGGCUUAAAUACUUGCAGUUGCUUAUGAAACUGCUUAGCUACUAUGGAAAAACUAAAAUAGCUUUAAAACUCUUUUGAGGAGGGGGGAAAAGAAAGAAAACUCCAACAAACCAUCCUAUGGCAAAUUCAACAGCCUCACUGGGAAACCACACAGAUGUUAUUAGUAACCACAUGGCUGAUGUAAUGUUAAUUCUUCUGUGUAUCUGUACCAAGAAAGCAGCUAUGAAUUAUAUUAUUCUGGCUUUCAGCAGGGAAGGGGGCACAUGCUACAGUCUAUUCAAAGGUCCUCAUCAGAGACUGAGUACCAGGUAUGAUUAUAAUUUUUCUGAUUAACUUAAUCACAUACUUUUUAAGAAUUUUUCAGCCCUCAAACAUGCUAAGUUCCAGCAAGCUGCAUACAAAGACAGUAUAUUUAGAUCCCAAUUUCCUGGCCUAAUCAGUUUGUAGACAGGGUAGCUCACUUUUGAGGCAAAAUCUCUGAGCCACAGUUAUCUAUGGACUUCAACUUAUGAGAAAAAGCAAACAGAUAAAACAGAAUUCCAUGUGAAGCUUUCACACAGAUUUAAGUUCCUGAUCAUUUAAAAAUUCUGCUAAAGUAGAAACUGGAUUGUUUGCAGACAUAAGACAAUGGAAAGGCUUUUGACUAGUGUAACAAAAAAAGAAAAACCAUCCCUCAGGAACUAGAGGAUCUGUAUUUGGCCUCUGUGUACCUGCAAGGAUGGCAAUUUCUCAGUUCAACAGUACUUCAGCUCUCAGAGUAGGGACAGGUUGCUAAAAUUAAUUUUGGGAAUUUGACUUCAAAUUAAAUUCUGUAUCCUGCUACCAGCUGCUUCUAAGAUGUUGCUGUGUUGCUUUAAUACUAUUCCAUAGCCAGCUUAUUUAGAAUUCCCUAAGUUCAGUAAGUCACACUAUGCUAACAUUGAUUAUAUAUAGCAUAAAUACUCUAUACUGCAAUUACUACUGCUGUUACAAAUAACUCAUUUAUAGUUAAGUGGGCACCAUGUUACCAGAAGAAGAUUUUAAGGCAAGUUCUCGUGUUUCAUGACACUGAUGACUAUCAGAGGCCACAGGCCUUGCUGAACUUUACACAGAGACUGAACAAGCUGUACAGGCACUGGAAAUCUAGAGAAGAUCAGAAACACACAGUUCUGUAUCUCUGCAAACUCUUGUAUCUGAUUUUAACCACUCUGCUUAGUUACAGGAAAAAUAUGGUCACACAUUAGUCUUUUUCCAUCAUUUUGUACACACAGAUAUUUUGUCAUACUGGUUAAAAAAUAUUUAUAUCUGUUACUCUGUUACUCUUGGUAAUAUAUUUCUGAUUUUUUUGUGUUCAUCAAGUGCAAGAUGAAGUAGCUUACAUGUUUAAGAACUGAAGCCAUGUGACUAAAAUACAUUCCUACAAACAGUACAAAGAUACCUGUUAAUAUUAAAUCUAUUCCUGCCGUUCCAUCAAACAUCAGUGGUGGUCCAUGUAGCACUGGGAGACUUUGCUGACACCCAACAUAAAAAUUAUAAAAGAACAUGAAUGCAGAGACAAGAUACCAAUGUUAUUAAAAUAUUUAAGAUUUGGAAGUCUCUUAUAUAAAAUACCAUUUUCCAGCAGAGAUCACAAUUGUGUCAGCAAUACAGAGGAAAGCUGAAUUUUUAUUUUAGGAUGGAGCACUUUCACUAUGAUAUUAAAACCAAAGAGUUGAACAAGAAUAUGGCUAGCCUUGCUAAUAAGGGACAAGUUUUUCUCUUCCCUUUUUCCAAGGCAACCUGGAAGACCCAGAUUUGACAGAAAACAGAUGCACCACCAAGUUUUAGCAGAACUGUUUGCAGAGAAACCACUGACUCCGUGACAACGAUGAAACCAGUUCAGGCAAAGACGUCUAAGAAAAUACUUUUAUUCAACAAGUUUAAGUUUACACAUUUUUGGCUGAUGUAACAUACUUAGUUAGGAAGUCCUUCAGCCUGGAAAUGUGCAUCAUUUCCUUCAUGGUGGUGUCUCUGCUUCUCAGCUGGACCACUCCAUUCUCUAGAGUGCCAUCACUUAUCAAGACCAUGAAGGGAAUACUCAUCUCAUCAUACCUGCAGAGAGAAGAAUCCACCUGUUACUGGUUUUGGUGCAUGGAGAAAAAUGAGAUAACAUACAUACAAAUGACCAUAAACUGUACAUAUUUAGUUUUGCUGUAUUGCACUGUCUGGUGUGACAUCUCCAGUUUUCUUGUUGCCAUUCCUUGCUUUCCUGAUUACAUAUCUUAAAAUUAAUUAGCUGCUUUAUUAUAUAAAAAGAAUCUUUUUUAGUAACCUAUUAAAAGAGUAUUUUUCUACAAGCAGAA